AUGACGAAGCAAGAGCAAGCAACGCCAACUCGUUUGGAUUCCGGUGACGCAACACGUUAUGUGUGGCUAUUUUGGAGCAUAAUCGGCAUACAUCCCUUCAAGAAACAUCGCACUCUCUACUGGCUAUAUUCUGUACUGCUUAACUUCUGCUGCUCAGCAUUUUUCAUUGCAUUUUAUGCGGUCACCUUCUUCGUCGUCAGUGACUUAUUGGAAAUACUCGCAAAUCUGAGCGUAAUGGUGCCGUUGAUCUAUAACACAGCGAAACAACUUGUAAUCUUCUAUCACAUCAGACGUACUUUACCACAAGCAGCGCUACAUUUGCACGCUUUAGAUAGGCGCGCGGAACAGGAGCCCGCGGCGCGUGAACAGCUGAAGCGUUUGGUGCAACUCAGUCAUCGCAUAUUCCUCACUGCGCUGACGGGCAUUGGCAUCUGCUUGACACUCUACGCUAUGGGUGGCAUACUGAGGCACAGAUUGCCCUUCGACGGUUGGUUGCCGCUCGAUUGGGAGCACUCGGUGGGCGCUUAUGUGGCAGCCUGCGCCUACCAGCUCUUCUGUCUGAUUGUGCAGUGCAUUGCAGCUUUGUGCAAUGACACAUAUACCGUUAUAUAUUUAUUACUGUUAGCCACACAUUUGCGCAUCUUAAAUGCACGCAUUGCAAGUUUGGGUCAUGGUGAGUGUACGGAAGUGGAAAACUAUCGGCAGUUGGCGGCGUGUGUACGCGAUCACUGGGCGUGCAUGAACUUCUACAAUAGCAUUCGGCCUGCCAUUGCGGCGACACUCUUCAUACAGUUCUUCAGCACCGCCAUUACGCUCUGUACAUCCGCUGUGGCCUUCGUCAAUGCUGAAGAUAGCGUAGCGCAGUUAUUUAAAUUUUUGCCUCAUCUGCUGGUUGUAGUUUGUGAAAUUUUGCCUUGUUGUUGGUUAAUGGAUAAAGCUGCGUUGGAAAUGCAAGAUCUCACGAAGUCUCUAUUCGCCUGCCGUUGGUAUGAGCAAAAUCAGAAAUUUCGCCGCUCGCUGCUCAUUUUCAUGCAACGCUCUCAGAAGGUGGAGAAAAUCUUGGCUGGCGACUUAGUGCCGGUCUCAUUGGAAACCUUUGUUAAUAUAAUCAAAUUCGCCUUUUCACUCUUCACCCUACUAAACCAAAUUAAAUCAAAAUAA